UAUGUGUUUGUUAUAAUAAGUGUCAGUGAUGGUCACAUGGCUCCUGUUAAUAGUGCUGGCGGUUUCCGCCGCCGGCCUACAACUCAAUGACGAGGAGUACUUCUCUUUGCCGCGGCUGUACGCGCUGGACGACUGGGAGGCGUGCGCGGCGCGGCGCGGCACCUACUGCCUCGGCGCCUUCGAGCUGCGCGCGCACAAUAACCCGCAACUCUUGCAUGUCGCACGGCACUUUUCCGACGGCCCAUACCAAUACAACCACACGCUGAUCCACCGAGGACUAUGUCUGUCCACCUCCUGCAAGCACAUGCCCCCCACAACUCCUGGAGAGACGUUCAGCCGCUGCGUGAACAACUUGACGAUCGCCCAGUAUGGCCUCGGCACCAACCUGACGACCUUCAACUAUUGCAGCAGACCAGGCAGCGAAGGGAAGCCGGUGGAUACCUGGGACAUGGCUUUCUUGUACAUCACGGGUCUGAUACUGCUGAUGAACGUGGUGGGGACAGCUUAUCAUGUCUUCAGAGUCAAGGACACAGAGAACGAGACAGAGAAACCUUACAAGCAAUUAAUGGCCUGGUCCGUCGUGGCGAGCUGGCAGCGCUUGACGGCAGAUUAUGGAGACAGCGACCCAAGGCUGAGCGCGCUUCAACCAGUGCAUGGGGUCAAAGCCUUGACGUUGAUACUAGUGAUCCUGGCUCACUCAGUUGUGGCCUACCACGGCGCGUAUCUUUUCAACCCUCAAUACUUCGAAAAGGUUGGUAAUUGA